AUGGUGCUGGGCGCCAACGCCAAGGCGAGGGAUCGGAAUGGCACCACCAUGCUGCAUAGCGCCUGCCGCAGCGGGAGCUUCCUCAUGGCCCAGGAGCUGCUGAAGCGUGGGCUGCCGCUGGAUGCCUCCGACUCCGCUGGCUGGACGCCUUUGCACGUGGCGGCCGUGAUGGGUCGUGCGGGCCCGAGUGCCUUUGAAGGUUGCAGCUCAUUGGCAAGUGUGACCAUUCCCAACGCCGUGAUCCGGAUACAAAACUCUGCCUUCGAAGGCAGAGAGCUGACCCUGCUGCUCCUCCAGGCCCAGGGCAACCCCCACUCGCACAACAAGCGGGGGGCCACGCCGCUGGAUCUCUGCGGGGACAUCUCCACCCGCGAGGCGUUGCGCACCUAUGCCGCCAAAGUGCCGGCGUCCACGCGCUCGCUGACCCCGCUGGAGGACUUCCAGUCCCUGUCCCGGGUCCAGGGCGAAGUGGGCGAAGACCCCUCAGCCACCUGCGAGCCCUUCUUCGUGCCGCGGCAGCCCAUCUUUGACGACCAGGCGAGAGAGUUGACGUGCGAGGUGGCUGAGUUUGGGUUUGGUUGGGGUUGGUGGGUUUUGGGUGCGGGGUUGGUUGAGGUCAGUUUAGGGUUUAGGGUUGGUUUAGGGAUAGUUCAGGGUUGCUUUAGGCUUGGUUCGAGUUUUGGCUUGAUUUUGGGUGGUUUAGGAUAA